CGAUUCCAACCCAACGCGCAGUCGUCGUCGUCAUCACGGCGAGCUCAACUCAAAAACGAUGUCCUCCCGCCACCGCCGCCUGGCGUCGCUGACGAAGCUGCUGACCACCCACGUGAAUGCCGCCCGCCACCGCGAUGCGCUCUCGCUCUUCUCCCGCAUGCUCUCCGCCCCCGACCUCCCGCCGCCCACCGAUCCCUCCUUCGCCCACGCCUUCCCGCUCGCCAUCAAGUCCGCCACCGCCCUACGCCUCCCCCGCGCCGCCGCCUCCUUCCACGCGUUCGCCGACAAGUGCGGUCUCCUCUCCAGCCCCUUCCUCUCCUCCGCCCUCAUCGCGUCCUACGGUGCCGGCGCCUCCCACGAACUCGCCCGCCGCCUGUUCGACGAAUUGCCCGCCCGCAACGCCAUCGUCUGGAGCGCCAUGGUCUCCGUCCACGUCCGGGCGGGCGACCUCACCGCCGCGGCGAGCGCGCUCGACGCCAUGGACGUCACCCCGACAGCUUCCUGCUUCAACACUAUCAUCGCCGCGGUCGCCGAGUCAGGGGAACAUCCAGCCCGAGCCAUCGAGGUCUACCGACAUAUGCGAAGGGUAGGAGUCGCGCCAAGCUUCAUCACUCUGCUGGCGCUCGUCCCUGCGUGCACCGCGAUGGGCUCCUUGACGUCAAUCAAGGAGGUGCACGGCUUCGCAGUGCGGCAUGGCAUGUCCGCGAUAUCCCACAUUGGCAGCUCCCUUAUUGAAGCGUAUGGGCGCUGCGGUUCACUAGCCGGUGCACAGAGGGUUUUCGACCAGGUUCAGGAUCGUGAUGUGGUUGUUUGGAGCUCUCUUGUCUCAGCUUAUGCUUUCCAUGGCCGUGCAGAGGUUGCAAUGUCGCUUUUCAGACACAUGAAGGACCAAGACGAUGUUCGGCCUGACAGCAUCAUGUUUCUUAGUUUGUUAGCAGCCUGCGCCCAUUCUGGCCAUGCAGAUGAUGCGUUGCAGUAUUUUGAUGUGUUGACCAAGAGAUAUGGAGUGGAGGCAUGCAGAGAUCACUAUUCGUGCUUGGUUGAUGUCUUGGGCCGGGCAGGACGGUUGCAUGAAGCUUACGAGCUUAUACAGACAAUGCCAGUAGAGGUUACAGCAAAAGCCUGGGGAGCUCUUCUUGCUGCUUGCAGGAAAUAUGGGGAGGUGGGGUUGGCAGAGGUUGCCGGGAGAGCAUUGUUUGAGAUCGAACCAGAGAAUGCUGGAAAUUUUGUUUCGCUCGCUAACAUCUAUUCAGACCGGGGCAUGCAUGAGGAGGCAGAGCGGGUGAGAAGGGAGAUGGAGCAGCGAGGUGUGCACAGACUGCCUGGUAGCAGUUGGAUGAUACAUCGCAAGUCAAGUUGCUAAUGCAAUGUCCUGAUAAUUUUUUUCCACCCCUGAUGAUGCGUUGUGGAUGCUAGCUAAACUAUGGUUUUAGAUGCUUCGCUUGCAGUGAUCUUUUAUGAAAAAUCAGGGACACAUUUGAUAAGUGUCAUCACUGGGCACUGGUUCACAGCAAGGUUUAUUCAGAUGCAAUGGUCACUUGUGCAUGGAAGAAACAUGAACUUUUCUUCUGUGGCGGUGGAGCGAAUCGGCGUAUGCAUACCAUCAACCGUGACCCUUCUGAGGACCCAAAUCAAUCUGAGUUCUUUGGCUCUUGUUCCAAGACUGGAGAUUAGUGCUCCCUCCAUUUGUUGCACCAUAAGAAUUUAUAGGUUGAUUACCAAUUCCAAUUAUCGACCACGGCCAUGCUAAACAGUUAAAUUAUCCAUGGAAAUAGGUUAGGACUGAUAUUCAGUGUAAACUCCCAAAGUUUAACCGAAGCAGUUAGCUUUGUACCAUCUUAUUCAUACAUUUCCGAUGCCAUUUUUCAAUCUGAUAUGGUGUGGACUUAUACUCUUGAAAUAAAAGCUUAAAUACCAUCUCUGUCAGCCAAAAAGUCUGUGCAAUGAUUGUACUAAGUCCAUUUUCUUUCUGGAAUAUCAUUUCCCACCAGCACACAUGGUAAAAUGGUAAUUCAUUCCAAUGAACAAUAGAGACUAAAACAUCAUUCAUACUGUUGCCAGUUACUUAGCUCUAAAUUUCUAUAUGUGUUGGUUUCCACAAUCCUCAUUACAACCAGUCAACAUUAAUUUUACUGAAUUUAGCUGACUGCUGGAAAAUACAUGAAGGUUUACAAGCAUCCUUUUCCACAUGAUGAUCAGUCGACAUACUCUUUAUUCUUUGCUGCUGUAUUCAGUCGACAGAGAGAAAGGCACUAAAGUUAAUAUUCACAUUUGCCCACUGAAUUUGUUGGUUCUUCUUCUGAAGUUAAAAAAUAAUAUUUUAUUAGGUCAGUUUCUAUGGACCGGGGAACUACCUUUAGCUUUCUAAUGGAACUUUGACUGCCUUGCAUAUGAUGCUAACUUUCACACAUCUUUACCGAAAGCAUGCCCUAUUAGAAAAAUGAUAUAAACAUAGUUUAUAGUUAGUCAAAGUUGGCUCAUUAAGCAAGAUCCUUAGUGUCUUUCUGGUUAUCUUAUCCAUCUCAUCUAGUUUCAAAUAAAUUAUCAUAGAGUAACCUCUAGUUUGUUCAUAUAGGAGGUGCGGAAAUAGAUCAGUGAGCUUUCAUAUUUUUCGUAUGCAAAUUGUCCAUUUUUUUAAAAAAAGGAUGCAACUAUUCUCGUGUGCUUUAAACACCUUAUUUUUCAAUCACAAUCCUAGGCCCUUGGAUCUACACAGACUACCUCAAGUCCUCAACCCAUAAGUAGUUGAUCCAAGGCUGGUGACUGUUUCUUAAACACUUGAAUUAAAGAAAAAAUGCUUGCAAAAAGGGUUCUUAUACUAUUUAGUAUCUCUAGCUUCAUGCUAAUACCAAAGUAUGAAUCUGAAAUGUUCAUCUGCAGCACAUUAUAGUAUAAUUGUUUUACCAUUUGUACAUCUUUCAUAUCUUCAUAUUUGGGACAAUCAAUUUGUUGCAUUUACUAUCCUAUACUGUAUGUUAAUUAUAGUUUGAAAGUUCGGGAUGUGUCUGUAUGAUCUGGAAAAACCUUCAUCAAACUUUUAUUUCAAAGAUUUAGGAUUUGAACUAAAUGAGAUAAUUCAGAUAUAAAUAAGAAACACCUGUAUUCAUUGGGGGGGAAAAUAGUGGUAGGAACUACUACUAUUUGGUUAGCUUCAGUAAGACAUUGUUGCGAGUAGUAAUAUCAGGUAUUGCGAUUCUUAUGAAAUAAUACAAUGAAGUUAAUAUGGUUGAUGCACUACUUGGGAUAGUACAUUAAUUUGUCCUUAUGUGACAAGCUAACUGUCUGGUAUCAAUAACUGUUGCCCUUAACCUUGGUUUGUAGUGAGUGAUUCGAAUCAUAUGGAUUCUGUAAUUACCUGGAAGGACACUUACCUAACAUCCUACACAAAGGGUCCCUCUCAACUAGCUCUGUUGCAGCAUUGUGGGUGGGCUAGUGUGGAUCACUAUUGUUAGUGGUGCUAGGCCCCAUUUCAGGUAGCUUAUUGGCUGAUGUGUAAGUAAUUCUGUCGACCUAAUUUCGCCAACAGAUCUUGUUUGCCUUCUGCAGUGGAAAACUGGAGAUUGCUACAAUGCUGAUAUGGACCACCUUUUUUUUUUCCAGUGGACAACAUUCUACACUCAUAACUUCUGGUCCUUUCUACUGCUUGUUUCGAUCACUAAAUUUGCUCAUUUGCACCAAUACUUUUUCUGCACUGAAAUCUUCUUCAAAUAUAUGGACAACGAAACCUUGGUGAUUCCAUAUAGUUCACGAACCAUUGAAGAGUAUCUGUUCAAGGGAGCGCACUAAGUGACUAACGUGCAUGUAAGUUCAACCGGCAGGAGGUGAUGUGUUAAUAAAAUGGGGUUAUAUCUGUUGUUAUUUAUGCAUGUGGGAGCCUCUAAGUGGGAAGCAGGUUUAUCAGAUUUGUUCAUCUUUCGUAAACAGUUGAGCAUAGCUAGAAAGCACAUCACUAUGCUUCUGAAAACCAAACAUGCUUGGUGUGCUCAUUUUGGUUGGAAAUGGUACAGCCUAAAACAAAUUGCUCUGUGCUGGACUGCUUUGUACUUAAGUAUGCAUUUAUCUUUUAUUACUGUUCUUUUACACCGUAUGCUCGGCUUCUCUUUUAGAGUUUUGAAAAACUGUCCAACUCUUUGAUUUGCCUUCUUUGGGCCCUAGCUUCUAGGCUUAGCAAGGUAAUAGCAAGCACCUAGCAGGCUUAUCUGUUGUUUUGUAUAAUUAGUAGACAUAUUUUCUUGACCACUUUGCAUAUGUGCCAUCCGUACACAUGUGUGGAUUGCGUCAAGGAUACUCAAUUUGUUGGCCUUUAUCUGUGGAAAAGCAUAUACUUUUCAAAAGGGUAAUGAUGAUGCACACUAGCAAAGUGCUUCAUGCUCAUCUCUUCUGUUGUAUUCCAACUUUGGUUAACUUGAUCGGGAUAGAUAACCUCUUUGGUGCCAUGGAUUCAUUCUGAACUCUUUACUCAGUUAAAAUUGUUAGUUCCUUCCAGGAACAUCAUACCUAUGGAUGCUCAGUAGGUUUCUGUUUCACCUUAUAUAACCUGUACAAGGAGCCUUAUAUUGCCACUUUAUCAGCCUGAACCUGCUAUCCUUUUCCAUUCUUAAGCUAAAAGCUCUUUGAUGCAUUGGUAUUCAAUUCUUCCUUUGUACCUAAUAAACAUAUCCUUGUGGACAUACCUGAAACUUCUAUCCAGAAGAGUGAAUACGUCACCUCCUUGGGUACCUUUCUUCCCACCCUCCAAAAGUGUAUUUCAUAUGAUUUAACAACUUUUUCUUGGUAAAGACAGACAGUGAGAUCAGCGUCAAGCAAGCACUACUACCAGCAGAUGCAUGUGGACCACAGCACUGGCCAGUACCACGGAUGGUUCUGCCUACCUGACCGUGCAAGUCAGUCCACUUCUCAUCAUCUCCUGUAGGUAGAGUUAUGCAAAU